GUUGUAUGGCUCCCACGAAGAAGAAAAAUUACCCGUAGAAGAAGAAUCCAGAUUCCGGAAUUAGCUGUCGUUUGCGGAAGUCAUCAUGGACAAUAUGUUUCAUGGCACGAAAACAUCCAUAAUUUCAUCAUUAAACGACGAGUUCUUUGCAGAUUUCCUGGCUGGGGAUUUCGAUGUCAAGAUCUAUACUGCUCAAGCUAUCCAUCAUGCUGUCAUUGCUGAACAGUUAGCCAAGCUAGCGCAAGGAAUCAGUCAACUUGAUAAAGAGCUGCACAGCCAGGUGGUAGCCAGACAUGAAGAUUUAUUGGCUCAGGCAACUGGGAUCGAGUCUCUUGAAGGGGUCCUCCAGAUGAUGCAGACGAGGAUCAGCGCGCUACAAGCAGCUGUUGACAGGAUAAGAACCAAAAUAGUUGACCCUUACAACAAGAUCGUGGCCAGGAUAACUCAGCUGGGCAGAUUACAGGUGGCCUGCGACCUUCUGAGGAGAAUCAUUCGGAUCUUGCACCUAAGCAAAAGGCUCCAGGUUCAGCUUCAGGGUGGCAGUCGGGAGAUUACCAAGGCUGCUCACAGUCUCAACGAACUAGAUUAUCUGUCGCAGGGAGUGGAUCUGAGCGGGAUUGAGGUGAUUGAGAACGAUCUGGUACUGAUCAGUAGAGCAAGGCUUGAGGUGGAGAACCAAGCCAAGCGACUGCUGGAGCAGGGGACGGAGAUUCAGAAUCCGACCCAAGUUGGAACAGCCUUGCAGGUCUUCUACAACCUUGGUAGUCUGAGGGAGACCGUCAGCUCAGUUGUGGGCGCUUACCAGACUAGCAUACAAGACAGCAUCAUCGGCGCUCUGGACAUUAAGGGCCUGACGCAGCCCGCCAACCCGAAAGGCGCCCCCGGGAGAGCAGUACUCCCAACUCCGGGGGGCACAGCAGCUUUCCGUGCGUCGCUUUGGACGAACCUGGAGAAACUGAUGGACCAGAUAUUCGCCGCGUGCAAACAGGUGCAACAUCUUCAGAAGGUCCUGACGAAGAAGAGAGACCCUGUCACUCAUAAGUGUUUCAUUGAUGAGAUUAUUAAGGACGGUGAGCCUGAGAUACUUUAUACUUUUUGGACUAAUGUGACUAAAAAGUUAAGAGAAGAGUUUCACAAAGCUACACAAGCUUCAUCUUUCCUGAAGCAAGCAUUCGAAGGAGAAUACCCCAAACUGUUGCGGCUGUACAACGAGCUGUGGCGCCGCCUCCAGCAGUACAGUGCCAGCCUGCACAGCUCGCCCAUGGGCAGUGGCGGUGCGGAGACCCCUUUGGAGCCAGAAACGGACAGCCUGGACCUGUUCUCUCAAAGCGAGCAAGACUACAACCCCGAGAGGGCCCUCAAGGAUUCUCUUCACCCGUAUGAAGCGGCUUACCUGUCCAAGUCUCUCUCCCGCCUGUUCGAUCCCAUCAACCUCGUGUUCCCGAUGGGGGGGCGCAACCCACCCUCCAACGAUGAGUUGGAGAGCAUCAUCAAGACUAUCAGCAGCGAGAUGAAUGUGGCAUCUAUGGAUUCGGACUUGUUGCUCGCUGUCGUCAAGAACGCUGCCAAGACCGUGCAGCUCUUCUGCGUCAAAUCUGAACAGCUGUUAUGUACUCGGAGUGAGGCCAGUCAGGUGAUUGGUCCGUUAUCCGAAGGCCAGAGGAGGAACACUGCCGUGGUCAACUCCCUCCAUCGUCUGCAGCAGGCUGUUGCCAAGGUCGUUUCUGGUUUGGGAUCAAAUCUGACAGCUCCGGCAGAGGCCCUUUCUUCUUCUUUGGAGGAGGUGCAUGCCCUGAUGAGCAGUGCAGUGCAGCCUCUCUUGGAGUCGGUAAAUGAUUCUAUAGAGGCCAUCAUCAUCACGCUACACCAGGAGGACUUCUCUGGGAAGCUGCCCAAUCCGGAUAAGCCCGACGUCGUGUGCUCACUCUACAUGAAGGAGUUGCAGGGCUUCAUCGCCAGAGUAAUGGCCGACUACUUCAGACACUUUGAGUGCGCAGACUUCAUCUACGAGCGCACCGAGUCCAUCGCUCAGAGAGCCAUCGAGCUGUUCGUGCGGCACGCCAGCUUGCUGCGCCCGCUGGGCGAAGGCGGGAAGAUGCGUUUGGCCGCUGACUUCGCGCAAAUGGAGAUGGCUGUGGCUCCACUAUGCAGACGAGUGUCUGAUUUGGGGAAACCUUACAGAGUGCUUCGAUCCUUUCGGCCGCUGCUGUUUCAGACGAGCAAUCUAAUAGUCAAGAGUCCAGCCGUGGGGGACUUGAUUCCUUACAGCACCGUGCUUCACUUCCUGUUCAACAGGGCUCCGGCUGAGCUCAAGUCACCUUACCAGAGAGCAGAGUGGUCCAUCGCUCGGUACUCCCAGUGGAUGGACGACCAUCCCUCGGAGAGAGACCGUCUCACGCUCAUCAGGGGCACUUUGGAGGCGUACGUCCAGUCCGUCAGGGCUCGGCAGGGGAAGGAGUUUGCGCCGGUCUAUCCCAUAAUGCUCCAGCUCCUGCAGAGUGCCACUUCAUCGGAAGUGAAAGGAUGACGACAGCCGAAUAUGG